AUGGUAAAUUUUCAGUGGCCUACAAACCGGGUUAAAACCACACUAACGGAGCUUAAAUCUCGUCUUCGCACCUGUUUCACAUUUCCCGACGGCACUGAGGAUGAGGACAUAACCAUAAGCCGUGAGAUUGGUAGCGGAAAGGAGCGCAUAACCACUCGAAUUCUGAAUGAUACGGAUUUGGUAAAUAUAAUCUGGAGUGAUUCCUUCAAGGGUGACUUAGCAUUCGUCGUCGAUACGUCGCAACAACCAUUCAGUUCGUGGACUUUUGGAAAGAUGAAAAAUCUCUUCUCAUUAUCAGCUGACAGCUUCGUCGAUUUACCCAAAUUCGAUGCAGACCGUGCCGAUACGUCAGAGUAUAAAGAGGUCCUACGUCAUGUCGUGGAAGAUAUAAUCAUGAAACAUAAAGCCUCGCAAUCGAUUCUCAGCGCCAAUGAGGCAACACGUUGCGAAUUCAUUUCAUCGGUCAUCUAUGGUGUCGCGUCGGUAUUCAACGGUGAAGUCAAGGUUUGUCCGCAAUACGAAAUAUCAGGAAGCCAUGGGAAGGGUCCAGUCGAUUGGGCAAUCAAAGUGCGCGACAUGAUCAUUGUAAUUACGGAGGCGAAGCGGGAAGAUAUCAAUCAAGGUGUGGGCCAGUGUACGAUCCAACUUCAAGCAUCCAUGCAACGCAAUAAAAAGCGCUCCUAUGACACAGCCCUGCGAGAAAUUGAGAUGUUUGGAAUAAUCACCACUGCAAGUGAUUGGGUAAUUAUCAAAGUGGUUUCGAGCGGGGUCAACGAUGAUAGUAGAGUCGAG